AUGGCGGCACCGGCGGCAAUCAAGAUUUCUCCACGUUCGAUUUUUCCGGUGAUUCAACCGGCGUCUAAUCAGUCAAACCAAUCCCUGUUUUUCCCCAAGAAAACCCUCUCCUGUCGUGUUUCCCCGUCGUUAAUGAUAUCAUCGCCGCCGCCGCCGCCGGUAGCGGCAGCGGCGGUGGAGCGCCGAGAAAGCGACGGCGGGAGCGGCGGAGCAUUCACGGAGGAGAGACUGGAGGAGUGGAUGAAAGGGUCGGUGUUUGAAAUCGUGAAGAAAAUCAAGAAAGCUCCGUUGCUGGUGCACGUGUACGGCGGCGGCGGCGGCGACGGGGAGGAGAUCACGGCGGAGCACGCGGUGGAGGACGAAUGGGAAGGGAUAAAGAUGGAAUGGGAAAAGGGUGUGAGGAGAUUGCCUGAUGGGGUCAUUUUUGUUGAAGAGCUUUGUGGGCCGGACGGAGAAGUGGAAGAUGAUGAUGAAGGGGAGACUAAGAUAUGGGGGAUUGUGGUGCAGGGAAGAGGCGCCGGCGCCGGCGGAGAUGGAAGUGGUGGUCCGAUUUGUUACUUGUUGAAGACGACUGUGGUUAGUGGGGGAGCAGGAUUGGGAUUGUAUUGUUCCUAUUUUACCUUGAUUAGGGUGACUAGUUUUAGGGAAUCUGCUCUUUCUCAGUUCAAUAAUCAUUGGUUGUUGCGCUAA